GCCAAGAAGGAGGUCCAGGAGGCCAAGAAGGAGGUCCAGGAGGCCGAGAAGAAAGUCCAGGAGGCCAAGAAGGACACGCAGGCGGGCUUCGGCUGAGUCGCGGACGGCAAUGCGACAAUGUUUGCCAACGAGCUGCUGGCGUCUCAGGCGCUGAGUUUGCGUGACAAUAGUUGUUAUCCCAACAUUGACGUGAAACUGGCGGAAGAGCUCGGCAGUUUUUGAACGCUGAUGAGGACAAACCGUUUCUUUUUGUGCGGAACCAGACCCGCCUGGUGUGGGAGGAGGCAGUGCGUGGUCAUAGGCGUGUUGCGGAGAUCGGGUCCCCGCGCAUCGGCAAGUCGUUUUCCAUCGCCUACCUCCUGCGCCUCCUGAUGAAGGAGCAGAAGACACUGGUCUUCGAAGCCAGAAAGUGGACAACUGUCUACCUCUUCAUGCCGGGCGGCGACGGCUCCUACGAGGUGCGGACCAUGGAUCUGACAGAUUGGGCGCCCGGGAAGUGCUUUGAGCUGAAGAGCCCCGAUAAUUAUUACGUUAUCGAUCCAAACUUGGCGGAAGACAGGAGGUCUGUCUACCCUGCCAGGGCCAGGACCAUCGUGGCGCCCUCGCCUGAUCCAAUGCACUUUGGAGAGUGGAAGAAAGACGACCCAUUAUUUUUGUACAUGGCAACAUGGACCUUGCAAGAAGCGCGGUGCGUGCUCAAGUACCUCCGCCCCGACUUCAGCAACAAAGAUGUGGAAGAGCGUUACUACAAGUUCGGGGGUAUUGUUCGGCGUUUGAAGUCCGACAGGCCCUACCAGAUAGAGCGGGCUCGUGCCGAUGCUUUAGGCAAAACAGAAUUGCUCGAGAGAAUCUGGAGAUUGGGCAUCAUCGACCAGGGUGGGGAGUUAAAGCCGGCGCAUUUACUCUUCCAAAUCGUGCCGGAGAAGAACUUCACCACUUUUGCGGUUGAAUGUGUCAGUGAGGAAGCUGCAGACCUCCUCAUCGAGACGUUUGAGGAGAAGGUGCAUAGGUAUAUGGCAGCUUUCAAGGAUAUUGACAGAAGCGGCUUCGGAAAGGUUUGGGAGAAGUUUGCUCACCGAGAGCUUUGCCGCGGGCGGAUGCUUUAUGCGAGGCCGGUCGAUGUUCAAGUGCCAAUGUUCGAGGUGGUGUUUUCCAAGCUGGAUCUUCGGCAGGUGGAUGGCAACCUGACGGAUCUUGUCAGAGCGGCCAGAAAAUGGCCAAACAAAUACCUGGAACCCAAAGAUCCAUUCAUGCCAUCCAUCGACUCCUGCACUGCUCUCAAGGAGACGUAUGGAGUCGAAUCAUGUUUUGGUCGUUUCUUGCAUGCGCACGACGUUACAUGCCAUGUUUGUUUUUGCGUUCCCGUGAAGGACGGCGAGCUGAUUUGUUUCCAGAUCACCACUGCCACACAACACCCACUUGAUGUCAAAUUGUUGGAACUGGCAGCGCGGGAAAGUGGCGUCCACAAGAUCAUCUUGUAUUGGGUCGUUCCCAAGGACAAUUUCCGCGAGUUUGAACGUACAGACACUCCCAUUCCCAGCGUGGAGCUGGUGCAACGUGUGCUGGCAAUUGAUACCCCCACCAACCCUUUCACUCAUAGGGAGAUGGAGAACAGGAUGAAGGAGCUGGGCAAUGCCUGCAACGACACAGCCCAGUAGGUACAAAGUGAUGAAGACCUUUGACUUCUCGGAUGUCAAGAAGAUGAUCAACAAGGUUCUGCGUAAGGGAGUCAAGAAAGGACCCAACGCAUACGAAGCAUUGAUCCUGAGAGCGGCCGAGGCUUGGGAUGACAUUUUGAACCGCUCAAUGCAUGCCACAAAUGCAGCUUGAGACGCGAGAUAGGACAAUUGACAGUGUGUGCGGAA